UAAAUGUGAAUAUAAAGUGAUUCAAAUUAAUGAAGAGGAGACCUGUUAAUUUUUCUAAUAUUUACUUGAGUUAAAUGUUUUAUUUCUUACAGGAAACAACUAAAUCAUUUCAACUUCAAAGUAAAAGCUACAUUGCUGGACACCUGAGACUAAAAAACCUUUAACUGUGCCGAAAAACUUAGGAAGCAGACAGCUUUUCCCUCCCUCUCAUUUGAAAGAACUUGAAGAAGAAAUAGAAUGGCAGCCAUUUAAAGCUGAUAUUCAGGAUGAACGAUGAUAAUUCGGAUGGCAAGACAGAGCAUGAAUUACAGUCCUUAUUUAUCUGUGAUAAAAAUGGAAACGCGUAUCCAUACGACCAAAAAUCACCUACACAAAAUUCUUCAAGUGCUGAUGUGAACUGGAAUCCUGCCAACCCAGAUGACAUGGUGGUUGAUUAUGAAACCACCCGCCCGGCUGUGGACAGUGGUGAAAAUGUUUCUUUAAACCAUCAGUGUGUUAAAGUACUUGAUCACCAAAAGCCUUCAAGUGAUCUCAUCAGUGAGGGGAUGUUAGCUAUGUGCCAAGAUGUCAUGUGUCAGCCUUCUGCAGGUGUUUUAAAUACAGAGGAGACCGAGUACCUGCAUAAUAAUUGUCAUCCCCGAGGAGAAGUUCAGGACCAGAGUGUUGAGCCAAUGCUGCCUUUCUUGUGGAAGCCUAAUGAUGAUUUGAACUGUACAAGCCACCCUGCUGCCUUGGAGCUAAACCAGACUUUUGACUUGAAAGAGGAUGAAGUUAAGUGCACCUUUCUAACACAUCAUGCCAUUGAUAAGAGUCCGUCUUUUCAUACCACCGAAAGUCUGCAACCAACCAGCACAAGAGAUGAAAAUACAUCUUUAUGCUGCUCCACUCUAACGUCUUCCCCUUCUGACAAGGUGCAUGUGAGAGAGAAGAGUUAUGGUAGAGAGAGCUUUGAAAACGCCCUUGCAGCAUCACCAGGGGUCCAAGAUACAACAUACACAAUAUUUCCUGAUGGGGUGAUGCAAACUGAUGUUGUUGUUGCAGUUAUUGGAAAUCAGUGUCAAUAUUCUUCAGGAAAGGCCGCCAAUGAGCACACAGAUGGGACACAGCAACAACUAGCUGGAGAACAAGAGAUACAAGCUCUAACACCAGUUUCUGAUGGCAUGGAUGUUCCCCGUGGAUCUGUAUUACAAGAGUUCUUUUGUUUAUCUAAAGAGGAAUCAAAUAGUGAGACACAUUCACAGGGCUUGUAUGGGCAAAAGGAAAUGGGCCAAAAUCUAAGAGAAACAGUGUCCAAUUGUCUUAUAGAUGAUGAAUGCCCUUUACUAGUGCCAGCUUUCAAUAAAAGUAAAGUCCAAGGGCUGAACCCAGAGCAUGAAGUCUCUGUGACUGAAGAGACACAAAUUGCCUCCAAUGAAAAGGAUUUGGGUACCCAGAAUGGUACCUUCGAGUUGACGCUAAGUAGCCCACCAGGACGAAAGGUGGCUCCAUCCUUUGAACUAUCCUGGAAUGCACAUGAUAUGUUCACUAGCGCAGGUAACACAGUUUGCAUGUCAACUCCAGUCCUAGAACCCACAAAUGCAACCUUUUCUAUUUCACCUAUUGAAGCAACGGAGAAAUCUAGUAAAGCGGAAAGUGGUAACCGAGAGCUUAGAAAUUUGCUAAACUUGAGGGAAACACCUAGGAACGUGUCUAAAACUAGCCUAGGAAAAUCAGCAACCAAAACUAACACUCCUACAGGCAGCAAAGUUAGAAAAACUGAAAUUAUAAGUUACCCACGACCAAACUUCAAGAACAUCAAAGCAAAAGUUAUAUCUAGACCAGUGUUGCAGUCCAAAGACCCUGCUUCAUCAAAGGUCACACCCAGACCUCAGUUAACCAGUGCUUCAUCCCCGUCAUCAGUGUCUUCCUCAAGACAGGUGACGGCUUUGAGCAAAACACCAAGAUCCGACCUGAAUGCAGACACGAAAACAGAAAUCCUAAUUAACAAGACGCAUAAGCAGCAAUUUAAUAAACUCAUUACUAGCCAGGCUGCACAUGUCACAAGUCAUUCUAAAAAUGCUUCACACAAGGUUCCGAGAACAACACCUGCCGUCAAAUCGAAUCAGGAAGAUGUCGGCAAAGCAGGUUCUUCUAAUUCAGCAUGUGAGACUGGGUCCGUCGCUGCGUUUUUCCAGAAGAUCAAAGGCAUACUCCCUGUCAAAAUGGAAAGCGCAGCGUGUUUGGGAAUGACGUACGUUUCCAACAUCGAUGGGAUUAGCCCUGAAAAGAAGGGUGAAAGAGGAAACGGGGUACCUCUGGAGAAACAAGAGCUCAAAAGGGAAAUUUUGAACGAGACCUUUGAAUAUGGUUCCCUCUUUUUGGGCUCUGCAUCAAAAACUGCAGCCAUCUCAGGUAGGAGUAUAUCCAAGCCUGACUCCUCCAGCUUGAGGAAAACACCUGGUCCAAAAGCUAAAGUGGGGCCCGCUGUCUCCUGUCUGAGGCGAAAUAGCGAAAGUAAAAAUCUCAGUUCUGACCGAGCCUUGUCUCCUCAGAGGAUCAGGCGUGUAUCCACUUCUGGAAAACCUACAUCCUUGAAAACCACGCUGCCGUCUUGGGUGGAUUUGCCUAGGCCACUUGCUAAGUCCAGAGCAUCCUUGAAAAGCACGAGGCUGCGGAGGACAGGAAGCACCUCUCCCAUCGCCAGCACCCACAGUGACCUGAGCACUUACAGCAACAAUUCUGGUAAUGCCGCUGUCAUCAAGUAUGAGGAAAAGACUCCAAAACCAGCAUUUCAGAACGGUUCCUCGGGGUCCUUGUGUUUGAAACCUCUGACACCCAGAGUGCAUGUACACUUAUUAAAACCUACUCUGAAAGGUCCUUCAAGAAAAAAUGUAUUUACAGCUUUUAAUGCAGUUGAAAAGGGCAGGCACAAGAAUCCCAGAAGUUUAUGCUCCCAGACACAGACGUCUCCAGAUGUGCUGUCUGCUGAAAAGACACUUGAAUUGGCUCAAUAUAAAGCAAAAUGUGAACACCAGAGUGGAUUCAUCCAGCAGCUCAAGCAGCUGCUUUUCUGUGGUAACACCAGGUUGGAGGCGUUAACCGUUGUGAUUCAGCACCUGCUCUCUGAGCGGGAGGAGGCACUGAAGCAACAUAAAACCCUGUCUCAAGAACUUGUUAACCUCCGGGGAGAGCUAGUCACUGCUUCGAGCACCUGUGAGAAGUUAGAAAAAGCCAGGAAUGAGUUACAAAUAGCUUACGAAGGAUUUGUCCAGAAGCUAAACCAGCAGCACCAGACUGAUCUAACAGAACUAGAGAACCGGCUUAAAGAAUUUUACACGGAGGAGUGUGAGAAGCUUCAGAACAUUUACAUUGAAGAAGCAGAGAAGUAUAAAACUCAAUUGCAAGAGCAGUUUGACAACUUAAAUGCUGCCCAUGAAACCUCUAAGUUGGAAAUUGAAGCUAGCCAUUCGGAGAAAGUAGAAUUGCUGAAGAAGGCAUAUGAAACCUCCCUUUCAGAAAUCAAGAAAAGCCAUGAGAUGGAAAAGAAGUCACUUGAGGAUUUGCUCCAUGGGAAGCAGGAAUCUCUAGAGAAACAAAUCAGUGACCUGAAGAGUGAAAAUGAUACUUUAAACGAAAAGUUGAAAUCAGAAGAACAAAAACGAAUAUCGAGAGAGAAAGCAAAUUUAAAAAGCCCUCAGAUCAUGUAUCUGGAGCAAGAGCUAGAAAGCCUGAAAGCCGUGCUAGAGAUCAGGAAUGAGAAGCUGCAUCAGCAGGACCUCAAGUUGAUGAAAAUGGAGAAACUGGUGGAGAACAACACAGCACUGGUGGACAAACUGAAGCGAUUCCAGCAGGAGAACGAGGAGCUGAAAGCCCGGAUGGAUAAGCACGUGGCAAUUUCAAGCUGUCCACCGAGCAGGCUGUUCUGCAGGAGUCGCUGGAGAAGGAGUCAAAAGUCAACAAGCGGCUGUCCAUGGAGAAUGAGGAACUGCUGUGGAAGCUACACAACGGGGACUUGUGCAGCCCCAAGAGGUCCCCCACGUCCUCAGCCAUCCCUUUUCAGUCGCCAAGAAAUUCUGGCUCCUUCCCCAGCCCCAGCGUCUCGCCCAGAUGACGCUUUCUGGAAGCUGGGAGACUGCCUUGGAAGCAUUCUGCUGCAGGACUGCAGGACUGACCCUACCGAUGAUCACGGGAGCAAGAGCUACAUUAGCUUACGUGUAAUUACCGCAGUAGAACUGGAACGUAACCACCGCCGGGAUGCGCCGUUAGGAGACCGGAACCCUGGAGCAAGGCUUUUGGCUAAGCCCAAAAGACUCCUCCAGAAAGGAUCUCGGAAUUCACCCACGUGGACGUUGUUGCACAAAGCACUUAAAGAACGAGAGGAACUUGUUCGUUGCCUUCUUCACCUACGCAUACGGGGAAAAACUCUCAGGGGCCUCUUAAGAUGAAGAUUUAUAACGUUUAUAAUGUUCUUCGCCGCAGACACUUUCUUGUGAUUUUUAUUUCGGUCUGACUGGGGAUGUGUGAAUGAAUGGAUGUGUCAGUGUCCUGGGUCUGUGCUGCCUUCUAGCUGUGUAUUGGAAAUCAAACGCUGAAUAUAUCUGGAUACAUACUAAUCAAAUAAUAGUGUGCACAUUUCAGCAAAAGCCACAGAAGAGCGAGCAGUGGCUGCUUGAGUUUUGAUUCUCACCGACUCCGCUCAGCCCUGUGACUUGGGGGCAGAGAGCAUGACAGGAAAAGCUUUGGUCCGUGCAUUCUCUGCGUCCAUCUGGAGUGACGUUGUCGGUGGUUUUUCCAGUGUUCAGCUAUGUCAGUUGAAACUAGCUAGGUUUCCUUGUAGAUUUUUAACUUACCCGUGUGAGCCUAGCACCUUACUGUGGUCCAUUUUCUCAGGCUAAAAGCAAACAUUAGAACCCUAAUUUUUCUAAAAUUCUGUAUGAAGAAAAAGGGCAGUACUAAUGGAUCCUGUCUGCCGUAUUUUUACCUUGAUCUGAGCUGUCCUUCAGGGGGAAGCGCGUCUUUUCUCCCUUUCCCCCACACGUCCCCUUCUCCCUUCUCCCCCGUCCAGGGCCACAAAAGUCAACCUUCUCCUCCUCCCUACUUUUCUCUGGGACAAGGAUAAGGAAUAUACUUGCCCAGAGCCAGUUGAUCUCCAAGGUGCUGAAACCACUUUCCAAAUAAACUGAGGCCUGGGUCUGACCCUACAAAUUUUGGAAGAGCUUAAGAGAGAGUAAAGAACCAGGCAGUCAUUGGCUAGCAGAACUGAGAAGGCUGGGAUCGGUGCCUAGUGCUGACCGGGAGCACCUUGCUUAAACCAGCGACUCAGCAUUAGAUAGAACAGAACAGUCUGGGAAGGGAACGCUGUUGCCCUGUGCACCUUGAGGAGUCCUGUCCUUGGGAAGGGAGCCAGAAUGGCCUGCUGAUGAGUGGAGAAUGCAGCUUGUCCAACUGUCCUUCAAGUUACAUUUCAGUUUCUUUCCAAACUUCAUUUAUCAGACCCUAUUCCCCCCCUCGCCCCCCCCUGCCCCCGCCAUUCUAAGAUCUUGGGGAAGGUGGAAGGAAGAGCUGUGGCGUAUUCUCCCUCACUCUGUACGUGUCAACUCUGUGAUGUCAGUAUUUAUUAACCUGCGUUGCUGACGCCUGAUGGCUGCACAAAUAACCGCAACGGUAAGAGCGAAUUCAGGAUACUAGAAGUGGGUAUUUGAGUCACCGUUUAUAUGUACACUACAUAGUGAAUCGAUAUUCAUGAUGCAUGUUUUUUUAAAUUAGUGAUUGUGUCUGAAGUCUUUAACCUCCGAUAGCGUAUUAUGUGUGUAACCUCUGAUGUUUGCUUCUGAUAAAUUAGAACGUAGGUUCACCACCACCUCCUGGAACAUGUCUGCUCACACUUCCGAGUUGUUCCCAAUGUCGUUAGCCAAAGUUGGGUCUGCCAUUCAGCCCCUAUGCAUGGUAAACCUCGUACUGUUCCCUGCUGUCCUCCAUACUAUUUAGGGGUCUGGGGAAAUCAAUCUUACAGCAACUCCUAUAAAGUGUCUUCGAAGGACGGGAGACAACAGGAGAGAAGAUAGGAAACAAAAAUAGAGAACUUUAUGAUUUUUUUUUCCCCAAAACCAGAUGUUUCGUGUAGGAUGCAAAAUGUUGGCACGUCAUAAAAAAAUAUGGGUAUGUAGCCAACUGUGGUUGUACUCCGUUUGUAGUGAUGGAAAGUGUAUUUUACUUUGAUCAAAUAAACAAUGCUGGAAUGUUCAAUAUAAGAA